ACAAUGAUUGUGCAGUGAUCGUAAUCAAGCCACAAGUUCAAAAUGGCUGCGAAACGAAAGACAGAAACAACACAGUUACCGGCUGAAGAAAGCGAUAUCCUUCAAAUAAGACCUUUAGGAGCGGGACAGGAAGUUGGUCGAUCAUGUCAUCUUCUGGAGUUCAAAGGAAAAAAGAUAUUGCUGGAUUGUGGCAUUCACCCUGGUUUGACUGGAAUGGCUUCUCUCCCUUUCCUGGAUAUUAUUGACCCAGAGGAAAUCGAUCUCAUGCUCGUCAGUCACUUUCAUCUCGAUCACUGUGGAGGUCUUCCAUACUGGCUUCAGAAGACAGCUUUCAAAGGCCGAUGUUUCAUGACGCACGCUACCAAAGCUAUCUACAGAUGGUUGCUCUCGGAUUACGUCAAAGUUAGCAACAUUGCAUCAGAUGAUCAGCUCUACACUGACAGUGACAUUGAAAAAAGCAUGGAGAAAAUAGAGACAAUCAACUUCCAUCAGGAAACAGACGUGAAUGGCGUGAGGUUCUGGUGCUAUUCCGCGGGCCACGUGCUGGGGGCUGCCAUGUUCAUGAUUGAAAUUGCUGGAGUUAAAAUUUUGUACACAGGUGACUAUUCCCGCCAGGAAGACAGACAUUUGAUGUGUGCAGAGACGCCGAGCGUACACCCAGAUAUCGUCAUCAUUGAAUCUACAUACGGCACUCACAUUCAUGAGAACAGAGAUGAGCGAGAACACCGCUUUACCAGUUUGGUCCACGAUAUCGUGAACCGCGGCGGGCGCUGUCUCAUCCCUGCCUUCGCUCUGGGGAGAGCUCAGGAGCUGUUACUCAUUUUAGAUGAGUACUGGAGCAACCACCCAGAACUGCACGAUAUCCCCAUCUACUACGCCUCACAGUUGGCAAAGAAAUGCAUGAGCGUAUACCAGACAUACAUCAACGCCAUGAAUGAAAAGAUCCGCAGACAGAUCACUAUGAGCAACCCCUUUGUGUUCAAGCACAUCAUUAACUUAAAGAAUAUGGAACAAUUUGACGACAUCGGUCCCUCGGUUGUGCUGGCCAGUCCCGGUAUGAUGCAGAGCGGCCUGUCCCGGGAGCUGUUUGAGAACUGGUGCACAGACAAGCGGAAUGGCUGCAUCAUUGCUGGAUAUUGUGUGGAGGGAACGCUGGCGAAGCAUGUCCUAUCGGAGCCUAACGAGAUUGUCACGAUGGGCGGCCAGAAACUGCCGCUGAAGUGCUCGGUGGACUAUAUUUCCUUCUCUGCUCAUGCAGACUACAAACAGACAUCAGAGUUUUUGAGGGAACUUAAACCUGCUCAUGUGGUGUUGGUACAUGGUGAGGUCAACGAGAUGGCUCGGCUCAAGUCUGCUCUGAUGCGGGAGUACGAGGACGACACCGAAUACAAGAUGGAGGUCCACAACCCUCGCAACACCGUCCCCAUAGAGCUGCAUUUCCGUGGAGAGAAGAUGGCGAAGGUUGUCGGAGACUUGGCCUCGGAACCGCCCACCCAAGGUCACAAGGUGUCUGGGAUUCUGGUGAAGAGAAACUUCAACUAUCACAUUGUUGCACCCAAAGAUCUGCAAAGCUACACAGACCUGGCGAUGAGCACGGUGGCCCAGCGCAUGAGCGUGUCGUUCUCUGGGGGUCCUGCGCUGCUCACCUACUACCUCAACCAGCUGGCGGGCGACAUAGAGUUUGUCUCCAGCUCUCCCCACACCGUUAUCCAAGCCUUUGCCUCCGUCAAGGUCACGCUGGACUCUGGUGUGGCAUAUGUCGAGUGGACAGCCAAUCCUGUGACGGACAUGUAUGCUGAUGCCGUCAUUGCUGUCCUGUUGAAGGCAGAACGUGACCCCAUCCCAGUCAAAAACAUCCCCCCUCCCAUGAAGAUCGACCGUGCCCACUUCCAAGAAUGUCUGCUGGAAAUGCUGGCUGAGAUGUUUGGGUCAGAGAGUACCAGCAAGCUGGUGCAGCGAGACCGUGUCACAGUCACAGUGGAUGACAAGGUGGCGGUGGUCAAUAUAGACUCUUUGGAAGUGAAAUGUGAUGAUGAAUCGCUACAACAGAUGAUCCACUCAGCCGUCACCCGCCUCCAUCAAGCCAUCAGUCCCAUCAAGUGCUGAGGUCCUUCUAACUUCCACCAACAGAUUUCUUCAGGGGCCAGAGUCAGAGAGUAUACCCAGAUAUGACAGUGUUGGAGGAACUUCUGAUUCGUUCAGUGUUUCCAUUGUGUGUGUUCAAAUGAGAUCUUAGGAGCUUUAAUUCAAAUCUGUACAGAAGGAUUUUUUCAAACUGGGGUUGUUUGAGAAGCUUUCAAAAUUGCUACCUGCUUCCCCCCACCCCCAGGUGAUUUAGUCCUGUUGGAAAAUAAUAUGGGAGCUCUUCCUGCCUGUUGAACUUAAAUAAAUAGACUUCUUUUUUUUGACCGGAAGUUUGUUGCUGUCCAGCCUCUUUGAAAGCCUUCCUAAAUUAUUGAAAGGAAGUUUAUAUUUUUAAUUAAAUCGAAAAGAAGGUUUUUAGUUGAACCCUCUAGGCUCUGCACAGGUGGUUUAGAAAGUUUUGCUUUUUUUCCCACACAACGACAUCUUUUCCAUUCCCACUCGUGCUCUCACCCUGUUGUGGGAAAAGUUAACGGUCUAUGAAAAUACUUUGACUGGCCUUGUUUUCUACUGAUACUUGUUUGAAUAUAUGGUAAUGGAAAAGUGCAUAUGUGUAAAAAAAAAUAUUCUUGCUCGCCGUGUUUUCAACUGUUGAUGUAUGAUUGAGUGAUUUAUGUGACGGAUAAGAUGGGUCGUUUGUCUGACGGACACAGUGGCAGGACUUAAUUGUUGUAAUACUAUCAUACAAAUUCAUAAACUGUCAUCUCCAGAAUCAAACAAUAAAUGUUGUUAAACAAUGC